UCAAUUAGCGUUUCUAGCGACAUCGUCGUCGAUAGCAAAGCGCGUCGCGUCAUUCUUUAAAUCAAACGACGAUGAAGUCAAGCAGAUCAAGCAAUCAGACACCAUUACGGAGAGUCAGCAGUGGCGCCCUCACGCAGUCACAUAAUAGCAGCGUCAAUCAGAAGAAUAUUGUGCAACAUCCACUCGAAUUCUUGACACCAGCUUUGAGUGAUUUAUCGGACGAAUUAGAUGGAAUACUCAGUAGUACACAUCAAAUGGUAGAGUUAGAUAAAGCAUUGGCUGAUUUCAAUCAUGGUUUUGGUAGUCUUCUUUGGGCAUUGAAGUUGAAUGCUUAUUGUGUCAACUGGCCAGAGGCACCAACAGACGAAUCAUUCAAUCGCGUCGAGGAACUCAAUGCGCGCUUGCAGCAAUCUUUGGCACCUCCUAGAGAACCAACACCACCACCAGCAGAACCUGAACACAAUCCUGCAGAUGAAACAUACAGAACUCAACAAGAAGAGGAAGUUGUGCCGCAACCACCACCAAAGAUACAGCCAAAAACCAAACCAAAAGUAGUCAGUGUACAACUUCGCAAGAAGAGGGAAGCCUUUGUUGACAGUGUGAUUGAAUCCCUUCCAUUGGAAUACAGAGGUUCUCAGCCGGCUCUCAGAAGUGCUAUGUCUAGUGUCUUGCAUGCUCUGAUGAGACAUCAAUGUACAACACCAGAAGAUAAUGGCAUACGAGUACCAGAUGUGGUCAAACAGCCAGAUCUUCCACA